UCUCGUAAGCAAAUUUUUCAGACGAUAAUGGAUUUGUGAUGAAAGAUGACAUUUUUCUCUUGGGGAGAUUUCCCUUUUAUGUGAUUUAACAAUCAAGCAGAAAUGUUCGAAGAAUCACUUGAAAACUGUUCUACUUUUGUGCUUUUUGAGAAAAGUUAAAAAGAAUAAUUUGAUUAUGGUUCUGGGAAAGUAAUUUUUUUAAACAUAGAAUCACUUUAUCUGUCUAUAUGUUUAGCAGAAAAUUCGUGUGUUUUUGGUAUAUAGUAUCCAAUGUGAAGUAGAGAAACUCGAGCAACUUUCAACCUCACAACAAUAAACAAAAGCCAUAAUCACUGGGGAAUUCAUGGAUCAGUAGUUUUGUAUUUUAAAACUUUGUUUUCUUCAGGGGGUCUGAAUAUUCUUGUCAUGAUACCCUGUAAUAAGGUCAAAAUACAAGGAACCUCUUCCUUUUAUCCCUUUUCUGAAAUGAUAUGGUUCUUUGUUGAUUCUGUUCAUAGGAAGAUGUUAUUUUGAUUCUCGUCUUGCUUUUUGGCUCACAGAGAAGAACGAUGUGGGUUUGGUUCUUUGACACUGCCGGGCUCCUUCCUCUCUCUUGUAUAACGUUAAACAAUAACUUGGUUUUACUGGGACUCUCCCUUUUCCUUUCCUUGUCGCCUCACUUCUUUCUGGGCGUAUGCUUUGAUUUACGUUGUUUUUCUUCUGUGUCCGGAACCAGUUUUCGCGAAGGAAGUCUGACUGGUGGUUUUGUUAUAUUUUGGGUGGGAAAAUACUGGUGGAUCAAAUAUAAGGAGCAAUAUGUCCUUCGAGAUUGAUGUCCUAAGUUGAUUAAAAUCUUUGAAAGGAAACUAAUAUAUGUUAACUAGGGAGUUUGGGACCUCUUUUGAUAAGCCAAAAAGUGUAGCUGGUCGAGUACAUCCUAGUAUUCACAUUUUCAGUGGCUUUGAAGCCUACAUAUGCUCAGUAAAUUUUGAAAUUUUACCGCUAGCUACAUCGCCAGGUGACGUUGCUAAUUCUCAUCUAACAGAAUAAUAUGAUAUAAUGAAAAGAAGAUACGAUGAUUCAUUGGCAUCAGGUUUAGCUUCUCUUUGUCUAAUUUUUGCUGGAAGCUAAUUAUUGGCAAUGAGUGAUCUUAAGCUGGGUGUGGAAGUUGUGGGUGCUCAUAACCUUGUGCCAAAAGAUGGUCAAGGUUCGUCCAGCGCUUUUGUUGAACUUCAUUUUGAUGGUCGGAAAUUUCGGACUACAACCAAAGAAAAAGAUCUGAAUCCUACUUGGAAUGAAAUCUUUUACUUCAAUAUCUCUGAUCCGAGCAAGUUGCCAAACCUCGCACUUGAUGCCUUUGUCUACCACCACAACACUAGUUCCAAACACUUCCUUGGUAAGGUCCGCCUCACUGCAACAUCAUUUGUUCCCUGUUCUGAUGCUGUCGUCUUUCACUACCCUUUGGAAAGGAAAGACAUCUUUUCCCGUGUAAAAGGAGAGCUUGGUUUGAAGGUAUUUGUCACAGAUGAUCCUUCUAUCAAAUCCGCCGACCCUCUUCCUGUCACGGAACCCUCAAUCAAUACAGAUCAACACACAACUGAAGGUGAAGCACCAGUAUCAUUUACAAGGUCAGUGCUGAAUGCCUUUUCCCGUAAGAAAAAUGAGGUCAGGCAUACAUUUCAUAGCAUAGCUGAUUCAAAGCAAGCACAGCAACAGAAUUCUUCUUCCUCAGCAGCUCCUCAGCCAACAAAAGGCCAUGGGAGGAAUGAGACUAAUUCUGGAUUAGCUGCUUCAAAAGCUGCAUAUGUAUUUGCACCAUCUCCUGUUGAUUAUGCCUUGAAAGAGACAAGUCCUUUUCUUGGAGGGGGGCAAGUUGUUGGGGGACGAGUUAUACGUGGGAAUAAGCUAGCUGGCACCUAUGACCUUGUUGAACAAGUAGGCUACCUUUUUGUACGGGUUGUAAAAGCUCGUGAUCUCCCCACAAAGGAUGUGGCUGGAAGUGUUGACCCAUAUGUGGAGGUGAGGGUUGGAAACUACAAAGGCGUUACCAAGCACUUUAUAAAAAACCAAGACCCUGAGUGGAAUGAGGUGUUUGCCUUUGCAAAGGACAAUGUGCAGUCCUCUUUUCUUGAAGUUGUGGUCAAAGACAAGUUAGCUGAUCAUGUCCUUGGCACUGUACGAUUUGAUCUACAUGAAGUUCCUCAGAGGGUUCCACCUGAUAGUCCAUUAGCUCCUGAAUGGUAUCGACUUGAAGGCAAGACUGGCAAUAAGAAGAAAGGGGAGUUGAUGCUUGCUGUCUGGCAUGGCACACAGGCUGAUGAGGCUUUUCCUGAUGCUUGGCUUUCUGAUGCAAUAUCUUCUAGUGGAAUCUCUGCAACUAGUGCCUCUCAGACCCGAUCAAAAGUUUACCAUUCACCAAGACUAUGGUAUGUAAGGGUCAAGGUAAUUGAGGCACAGGACUUACCAUUAUCUGAUAAGUCUCGAUUUCCUGAAGCCUAUGUUAGGGUACAGAUUGGUAAUCAGAUUUUAAAGACAAAACUUGCUCAAUCAAGGACCAUGAACUUGCGUUGGGAUCAGGAGUUGAUGUUUGUUGCUGCUGAACCCUUUGAAGAACAUCUGAUGCUAUCAGUUGAAGAUCGUGUUGGUCCCAACAAGGAUGAAACACUUGGGCACGCUGUUAUUUCGUUGAACUCAGUUGAAAAGCGUGCUGAUGAUCGACAUAUCCGUAGUAUGUGGUACCACCUUGAAAGGUCCAUGUCAUCAGCAAUGGAUGGGGACCAGGGGAAGAAAGAGAAAGACAAGUUCUUUGGAAGACUUCACCUAAGUGUCUGUCUUGAUGGCGGAUACCAUGUACUUGAUGAGUCAACGUAUUAUAGCAGUGAUCUUCGACCCACUGCAAAACAGCUCUGGAAAAAUUCAGUCGGCAUGUUAGAACUAGGCAUUUUAAAUGCUGAUGGACUUCAUCCAAUGAAAACCAGGGAGGGAAAGGGCACAUCUGACACGUACUGUGUGGCAAAAUAUGGGCACAAAUGGGUGCGAACCCGAACCAUUAUUGACAGCUUGAACCCAAGAUACAAUGAUCAAUACAGUUGGGAGGUUUAUGAUCCAGCCACAGUUCUCACUGUGGGGGUGUUUGACAAUGGGCAGAUUAAUAGCUCGAAUGGUAACAAAGAUUCAAAAAUUGGAAAGGUUCGAAUCCGGAUCUCAACCCUUGAAACUGGUCGUGUUUACACACACUCUUAUCCCUUGCUAAUGCUGCACCCUUCUGGCGUCAAGAAAAUGGGAGAAUUGCACUUGGCUAUACGAUUCACGUGCACAUCAAAGGCUGACAUGUUGCAGUUGUAUUUUAAACCGCCCUUGCCAAAAAUGCACUAUAUUAAGCCACUUAAUAUUAUGGAGCAGGAAAGACUGCGACACCAGGCUGUCAAUAUUGUGGCAGCUAGGCUCAGCCGUGCAGAACCUCCUCUUAGGAAGGAGGUUGUUGAGUUCAUGUCUGACGCAGACUCUCAUCUCUGGAGCAUGAGGCGUAGCAAGGCAAAUUUUUUCAGAGUGAUGUCGUUUCUUUCAGGGGUUCUUUCACUAGGGAGAUGGUUGGGGGAUGUUUCCACGUGGAAGCAUCCUGUCACAACAGUGCUGGUUCACAUCCUUUUUCUGUUGCUUGUUUAUUUCCCAGAACUUAUCCUCCCAACCAUAUUACUCUACAUGUUUGUGCUUGGAAUGUGGAAUUGGAGAUUCCGUCCAAGGUACCCUCCUCACAUGAACACCAGAUUAUCUCAUGCAGAUGCUGUGAGCCCAGAUGAGCUUGAUGAGGAAUUCGACACAUUUCCAACCUCAAGGAGCCCGGAUGUAGUGCGAUUUAGGUAUGAUCGGUUGAGAAGUGUUGCUGGGAAGAUUCAGACAGUUGUUGGUGACAUAGCUACUCAAGGAGAGAGGCUUCAAGCGCUUUUGAGCUGGCGUGAUCCUCGAGCUACCGCCAUUUUCAUGGCCAUCUGCCUUGCGGGUGCCAUUGUGUUGUAUUUGUCAUCCUUCCAGAUGGUGGUGGUUUUAGCUGGAUUUUACCUGAUGAGGCACCCAAAUCUUCGACAGAAGGCACCUCCAGCGCCUGUGAAUUUCUUUAGAAGGCUUCCGGCUCUUACAGAUAGCAUGCUGUAGAUGUAGUUUCUGCUGCCGUUAUGUCUAGAUAUGACUUGUGUUUUGCAAUGCUUGUAAAAACCCUCGGUGAUGGGUUUGGUUGCAAAAUUCUCUAAAUAUAUGGAAUUUAAAAUAUUAGGGAAGCGAAUUGUUGCAGUUCAUUUUUCCAUAUCAUAAAACCUAUUAGCGUAUGGUUCUGGAUUGUGAAGGAUUUCGGGUUCGAUUUAGGAGCCUACAAAGGACCAUUGGAG